GUGAUACCAGUCUUUAAUUUAAAGGUUCUUCCUUCCUGCCUGUGGUUUAUUUGGUUAUUGUUGUGGUGGUUUCGGGAAUGUUUCGAGAGGGUUUCGGCGCACCGUUGGUGGCUUGUGUGGGCUGCGCGCAGGUAGAAGGCAGAGCCACGGCUUUCUCAUACAGGCCUGAUGGAUGUGACGUCAUGCGGCCGUGACAUCAGUGCGAGUAGGCCAUCCACGUCUACUGGAUGUGUCAGGAGUGUUUUGAACUCCACCGUGGUCUUGUUUUAAGUGGUUUUGGUGUACUCACUAGGCCUUCUGCCAUGCCUUACAAGUGUUGCGUUCCUUUAUGUAAAGGGAAUUACAAAAGUGGGCCAAAGGUGUGCUUAUUUUCAUUCCCAAAAGAAGAGAAGCUUGCGCGGGCUUGGCCUCAUGCUAUCAAGCGACCAGACUUCACCCCAACCAAAAACACCAAGGUAUGUAAGCUGCUCUUUCGGCCAGAAGACAUCGAAUGCGAGACCUUUUUCGAUGAGAGGAAUUUGACCAAAGUCCAAGCCAAGUUGAAGCAUCCAUGACUGCGACAGGGAGUUGUUCCCUUGCAACUUCCCAACUGCCCCGCUUAUCUCUCACCGUCACCAGUAUCUGCGAGGGAAUCACCUGAUGAAAGGAGAUCCAGGAUGGAAGAGAUUGCAAUUGAAGAAGCCCUUAAACAGAGUGUUGUUGACCAUGAAGAACUUAAGGAGCGCAGAAAAUUUAGAGAUUUAGAUGAACUGGUCAAAGAAUUUAAACAUUUAGAUAAGUACUGGAAGAUUAUUGAGAGAGAAGAUUCAGUAGUGGUUUGCCAUGUGACUGCCAACCCUGAGCCCAAAAUUAAAUGUUCAGUAACAAUCAGCGAUUCAAGUAGAGUAAAAGUAUUUUUUGAGAGUGUUGAAUUGGAAAAGCUAGAAAAUUACAAAAUCCCUUCAGAAAUUAAUAGCAUUGACUCACUGGAAGAAAUUUUAUGUAACCUUCGGGAAUGUGACUUUGAACAAAAUAUGAGUAGCAGUACUUGUCCUACAGACUCUAAAUUCAUAUUUCUCCUACAAUUAGUCAUUUCCAUCUUGACACAACUGCAAGAAACAAGCACUAAGUAUAGAGACAAUUUGAAAUUUAUAUGUGAACAGCUUCACCUUAUGACAAAAAAGAGACUAAGUUAUUCCCCUGAGUUCAUAGUUUUCUCAUCUCUUAUGUAUAACUGCUUCCCCCAAGGUUACAGAUUACUCAGAAAUGUUGGCUACUUGCUUCUCCCAUGUUAUUCAACCGUGCGACUACUGUCUCUUUCUCUUAGCAUGACUCCAGUACCAGAACAACAAAAUUGUCACUUCCUCUCUUACAUAAAAAAGAAGUUUAAAUUUUUUACCCAAAAUGAUAUGACUGUUUCCCUGAUGAUUGAUGAAAUACACAUUAAGCAAUAUUUUGAUUACAAGGGAGGAAAUGUUGUUGGUUCUGCUUUUAAUUGUGAUGAAGCUGCCAAGAGUGCUUUCAUUUUCAUGAUAAGUAGUGUGUGCUCAAACUUUAAAGAUGUUGUUCAUAUUUUUGCAAGUUAGAACUUUAAAAGCAGAAAUUCUUUUCACAUUUAUAAAGGACAUUGUAAUUGGCUUGGAAAAAAAUGGAUUCAGAGUGAUAUCUGUGGUGACAGACAAUAACAGCAUUAACCCCUUCCUUACCGCAGCCACCGCCCGAUAUAAACAAAGCGUUCCCCUCCUAUACCGCAGCCCCCUGCCCGUGUGCGCACGUGCCUCACAGCCAGAUCUACACAUUA